UCUAGUUCAGUGUAUUCAGUACUCGUUUCCAUAAUGGCCACAGUUUUUUGACAUUCCGUCGUUGUUACAAAGGUGAAAGAAUUAAAUUGUGUUUUUUAAGUUCUGCCUGUAGAAAACUUAGAUUUCCGUGAUAAUGAUCGUACAAAAAACUUUUGAAGAAGUAAUGUGAAUACAGCGACUUGGACUUGGAUUGUGAAAAUUUGGUGAAAGUGCUGAUUGAGUGAUUUUUACGUGUGAUUAUUAAAAAAAAAGAAAAGAAAGAAAGAAACGCAAAAUAUAAGACGGAUAUUACAAUAAAUAAAAGAAUUGCCUCGAGAAUAUUGAGUUGUGCAAUUUCAGAAUUAUAGCAUGUCUGUGCUGCCUACAGAAUCCGUUUUGAAUGUUACAACAAAAACUCCUAAUCUUAUGGUAAGAGUAACGGAGACAUCAGCUGCCGCACUUGCCAUGGACCCGCUGAGCCAUGUUGGAGAUGGUAUUUUUCUACAAACAAAAACUGCGCAAGGCAUCGCCGGGGCUUUCGUGUGGGUGGCAUUAUUUUUAACAUGUCAACAGAUCUACCAGCACUUGAGAUGGUAUACAAAUCCACAGGAACAAAGAUGGAUUGUGCGAAUAUUGUUCAUUGUUCCAAUAUAUGCAACAUAUUCGUGGAUAAGUCUACUGUUUUUCAAUUCAGAAAGUGUGUACGUGUAUUUUUUCACUGUCAGAGAUUGUUACGAAGCAUUUGUAAUAUACAAUUUCCUUUCCCUUUGUUAUGAAUACUUGGGUGGUGAGGGUAAUAUUAUGUCAGAAAUCCGUGGCAAACCGAUAAAAUCAUCAUGUCUUUAUGGAACAUGUUGUCUGGGAGGUAAAACUUACACCAUCGGAUUUUUACGGUUCUGCAAACAAGCGACGUUGCAAUUUUGUUUGGUUAAACCUCUGAUGGCAUUUGUAAUAAUAUUUUUGCAAAUUUUCGGUCAUUACCAUGAUGGUGAUUGGAGUGCGAAUGGUGGUUACAUUUACAUAACAAUCAUUUAUAAUAUCUCCGUUUCGCUCGCUCUUUACGGGUUGUACUUAUUUUACUUUGCCACACGCGAUCUACUGACUCCAUUUGAACCUGUACUUAAAUUUUGCACUGUUAAAUCGGUGAUUUUCUUGUCAUUCUGGCAAGGUGUUGGUCUGGCUAUCCUAGAAAAAGCUGAGGUGAUUUCGCCUAUUGUCAGCGAUGGAGCUACCACCUCAGCUGGUACUGUAUCAGCUGGGUAUCAGAAUUUCUUUAUUUGCCUAGAGAUGUUAUUCGCUGCUAUCGCCCUCCGAUAUGCAUUCCCUUAUCAGGUGUAUGCUCAAAGUUGCAUGACAGACGUUCAUGGACGAUCCGUAACUAUGCAGUCUAUUUCCAGCAGCCUGAAGGAAACGAUGAAUCCAAAAGAUAUUAUGACAGACGCGAUCCACAAUUUCCAUCCACAAUAUCAACAGUACACGCAGUACAGUUCAGAGGUCACGUCGUCCCAACAAUACGAGAAACUUUAAAUAAAAGCUACCCAAAAUAUCCAUUACACGAAAUGCUUAAACUUUAUCUCAUCGACUUUUAUAACAUGCAUUACUAUAGCUUGAAUGAAUUGAGUAAAAUUUAUUGUUUUUUCAACUCAAGAACGUCUGUCGAUUUUGUAAAAGGAUUGUUUUCGUUUUUUUUUUCAAAUAAAUAUUUUUUUUUGUGUUAAUAGAUAGUCUGUAUGUAUUUUAGUAAUACUACUGCCUGAUUUUCGAUUUUUUUUUAAAGAUGAAGUGAAAUGAAUUUGUGUUUAUUUAUGAUAAUUUCUUAUGAAAUAAGGUCAAUGAAGUGAAACUAAUGUGAAAUUUAAUUUAAAACAAGAAACUAAAAUCGAAUUUAUUAUGCAAUGAAAAUAUCGGAUCGAACCUAAAUCUACACUCGGGAACUCUGACAUACGGUGCCAAAACCACACACUCGUCAACAACGUGAAAAGCCAACUGGCACAAGAUUUCAUGUUACCAGAAUUUGGUAGAUGCGAAAUUAAGUUGAUGAGGAUCGGAACAGGAUCUGAAGGUCAGAUUAUCUGAAUAUGAUUAGAACUGAUUGAAAUGUUUUGCCUGGCCAGAAUUUACAACUGAUUGAAAUGUUUUACCUGGCCAGAAUUUACCUGAAAUCUGAUGGUCACAUAAAUCAGGUCAGACAUCAGGUAUGUCUUGGAUUUUUUCAGGUAUCACUGAAAUCUGCCCUGAUUUACCUGGACUUUUACCUGGUCUUCAGAUUUCAGGUAAGUUCAGGUCAGUUCAGAUUCAAGUUGUUCCAGAUUGACCCGAAAUUCGAGUUCAGAUCAAGGGAUACCUGACACUCCAAAGUCUUAACGGGAUUCGGAUUGUGAAAAAAUUGAUUUAAAAAAGUGUGAUCUUUUUGCUUCGUGUGUGAGAUUCCCCGACACAAUCUACUCAUCGGCAAGCAUCCAAAAUUUGAUUAAUCUUUUGUUUCGAAAAUGUUACUUCCGUACAAUUACAUCCAUUUUGGCAAUGUACCUGUUUUGUCAAGUCGUCUAUUUGAGAUAACAUCUCAUAAAAACGCAAUGGCCUCAUUUUAAACGUUUGGAUAAAGUCAAAAUAUUAAACUAUCAUCAUUUGAACCAGAAAGAGGAAUUGUUGCGUGUUUCCGUUUCAACGACAAAAUCGGUUUUUAUUAACUGUAAAGCUACCCGUAGUUGUAGUCACAUCUUUGGAAAUGUGUAUUUACUUUUACACUACAAUUGGAUGUAGAUUUUUCAUUGCAUUUUAAAUUUUUUGACUCAAUUUUUACAUUAUAUGGUAUAGUUUUCCUUUAACCUUUCGGAAACGGAACUCUGUUAUCGAUAUCGAUAACAAGAGAAAGCGAUUAAAGAAAAUUGUAAUUGUUUAAACAAAGGAAAAGGCAGAUGUAAUCUAAUCAUUCCAUUGUGAUACGCUUGCCGUUUAUGAAAGGUUAAUU